CGUAGUAUUUAUUUAUUUCGUUUUAGUGUGCUUAAAGGAGAGGUGAACAAAAAACUAUUUUUGUGGCAGCGACAAAAUAAAUUUAAAGGGAGGUAUAUAUCAAAAAUAAAGGAACGUCUAAAUCCCAAAAUCUAAUAAAAUAACUACUAUUACGACACACAAAUAACUAUGUUUCAUAAAUAAAUAUCGAUAUUCCUUCCUAGCAAUAUUUUUACUAAGUUUUUAUGGCUGCGUAGAAGCAAGUUUGAGAUGUACUUACCAGUAAACCUUAAAAAUAAGAUCCUUAACUAAUAUAGAUAAUAAAAAUAACCAAGAAUAUUUUGCAUACAAUCAUCGUGUCAGCAUUUUAUAACCUUCAUUAAUACUUCUUGAAACUUUAUAAACAUCCGUCACAACCAAUAACAAGAAGCCCUGUGGGCUCUAAGAAUUUCCGCUCGCUACUAAAAUAUUUGAUGAAACCUGCUAAUUCGUUGUGUUAUCGUGCCAAACAUUCGAAGAGGUUUGGUGCAUGAAGCUUUGAAGAUAAAGCACACAGGUGACAAUAUAUCUUACAACAAACACAAACAAAACAAAACGUGUCAUAAUAAACUAACAUUUUAAAAGAAAUUGCUAACAAAAAAUACAGCCUAUCAUUCAUGGUUGAAAGUUUUGCGAUUGAAACGUUUAUGGUCAUUUAGUUGACAAAAAAUCAAAAUUUUGAUGUGACCAUUAUUUUCAGCAUACUGUUUUUAUUAACUGUGCCAAUUUUUAACUGUGCCAAUUUUUGUCGAAAAUAAAAUAGUUUUAAUUUUUGGACAAAUUUUGGUCUGAAAUUACAUUUAGGUAACAAGAAAUCAAAAUUUUGAUGUCACCAUCGUGUUCAGCAUACUUUAUUUGUUUACUGUGCCAAAUUUUGUUGAAAAUAAAGUAGUUUUAAUUUUUGGACCAAUUUUGGCCUACAAUGGCGUUUAGGUAACAAGAAAUCAAAAUUUUGAUGUCACCAUCAUGUUCAGCAUACUUUAUUUGUUUAUUGUGCCAAAUUUUGUUGAAAAUAAAGUAGUUUUAAUUUUUGGACCAAUUUUGGCCUAAAAUGACAAUUAGGUAACAGGAAAUCAAAAUUUUGAUGUCACCAUCAUGUUCAGCAUACUUUAUUUGUUUACUGUGCCAAAUUUUGUUGAAAAUAAAGUAAUUUUAAUUUUUGGACCAAUUUGGGCCUACAAUGAGGUUUAGGUAACAAGAAAUCAAAAUUUUGAUGUCACCAUCAUGUUCAGCGUACUUUAUUUGUUUAUUGUGCCAAAUUUUGUUGAAAAUAAAGUAGUUUUAAUUUUUGGACCAAUUUUGGCCUAAAAUGACAAUUAGGUAACAAGAAAUCAGAGUUUUGAUGUCACCAUCAUAUUCAGCAUACUUUUUUUGUUUACUGUGCCAAAUUUUGUUGAAAAUAAAGUAGUUUUAAUUUUUGGACCAAUUUUGGCCUAAAAUGACAUUUAGGUAACAAGAAUUCAAAGUUUUGAUCUCACUAUCAUGUUCAGCAUACUUUAUUUGUUUACUGUGCCAAAUUUUGUUGAAAAUAAAGUAGUUUUAAUUUUUGGACCAAUUUUUGCCUAAUGACAUUUAGGUGACAAAUAUCAAAAUUAUGAUGUCACCAUUAUGUUCACCAUACUUUUUUUGUUAACUGUGCCAAUUUUUGUCGAAAAGAAAUACCAAUUUUGGCCUGAAACGUCAUUAAGAUGACUUCCCAGUACUUAGGGAGCUUGGGUACGAAGUUUAACCCUGUGACGUUGCAAUUGACUAUUUGGGACAGGGUUAGUUAGUUAGUCAGUUAUGCCAAUACUAUCCUCCUCUCAGAGGAACGUGAAAUCCCAGGGUCGAUUUUUUAAAAAAAAUGCUCCGAAAGAAAAAAACGACGGUUUUAAAGAAUUUCUUACGCCUUAGGGCGCGGAAAUUCAAUAAUAUUUUUUCGUAAUUUGGUUCGCUUUUUCACAACAUACAUCCAACUUCGAACGAUUAAGUUUGUUGUGAUAGAUGGCGCCAAAUUUGAUAAAUACACAGACCGGAAACUUUUAACAACAAAUCGAAUGUGCAAUAUGGCGGUUUCAGCUUUGUUAAGAUUUCGGAUUACAUCCGAGAUCUUAUAACCGGCGGUAUUUUUCUUCUUCUUCAACCGAUUUUUUAACCGAUUGCCGUAACGUCACGACUUUUGAAGUCCGACUUGACCCCGCGACCCAGCGCUACUCCAGCUGUGUGCGUAUCUUGAUAUUCGUUAAAUUGGGGAAAGAAUUUGAUCACAAAUAUUGUUAUAGACUGUUAUUUUAAUAUUAUAAUGAGCUAUGCUAGAUACUCCUUCAAAUUUUCGUUUCCAGUUAUGUUUUUAACCAGGCGGAUUUUGUUCAACUAAACCGAGUUCUAGGGGUUAAGGUUCGAGUCAUUUCUUUAGAGAUGCAGGUUCAAGGAGACUAUAUUUGUUAUACUCAAAGGUCUCCACCAAGCUGCAAAUCAAAAUUCAAAAUUUUUUUGAAGAGAGAGGAAAAUUUGGUUGGAUUAGUAUAAUUAUUUAACUGCCUAAAUCCCAGUUCUAUCAACGUUUAAGAUAUUCUCUUCAUUGUGUCUAUGUUUUCACAUAUUAAGAUGCAAAUAUCAUCACGUUUUCUAGCCAUGUGUAAAUCUGAAACAAACCGAUUUCAAGAUUUUAGCUAGCUAACGUAGAUUUCAAUGCAGCAUCCUGCUGAUCCAGCUAGCUGUAGCUAGCCUUAUUUAUUCUUAUUAUUUUAAAGUUUGGUGUUUUUAUUAUUGUUAUUUAUUGUCAUGUUGGGGUUGUGGCUCUUCUAGCUAGCCCUUUAGCUACUUCUGGCAGAAGAGUAAAAGUAGCCAAAUGCAGUUUGGCUAGCUACAACAAAAUUCUUAAUCAAUAUUUCUUAUGCUAAGUGCAGUUAGUAGGUAGCAACACCUUUUAUUACUGUCAUGAAAACUUACUCUGCAAAAUAAAAUUGGUUGUGAUUUUUUUAGCUGGACAGCGUAACGACAGGCUGUUUUUCCCGUGUUCUUAUUUAAACCGAAGUUGCAAUAAAGUUUUUUUGAAAAGGGUAUUAGCCUAAAUGCAUUGACGACACAGUUUACCUGUACUAAGCGCUCAGUCCCAUGUUAAUGAUGGCGGUUUCCUGAGUUUGUGUUUAUCCGAAGUUACGAUAAAGUUUUUUUUCAAAAAAGGGUGUUAUGCCUAUAUGGAUAUGUGUCAUUGUUUGCCUGUACUAAUCCCUCAGCCCGGAGUAAUAUUUAUUUUUGAAGUUUUAGCGGGAACGUUCUCUGAAAAUAAAAACAGAUGGCUAACUGUUUAACAGCGUAGCAACGAGUUGUAAACUGUGUUUUUAUUUUAGCUAAAGUUGUGAAAAGUUAUUUUAUGAAAAAUAUGUUACACCGGAAGACCAUAAUAUUGUGCGCCUAUUUUUUUCAAAAUAUAUUACACCGGAAACACCAUAAUGUUCUGCGCCUCACUAAAUUUAUGACAUACUAUGAAGCACUUCACCUGAAUGUGUGACACAGUUUACAGUCUUAUUAAUCGCUUUUUCAGGCAUUCAACACCAGGUAACACAGUUUCUUGUGCCUUAACCCGGCGUUUGGACUCCGGGUUCCCCGGCUAGUCUAAAUGUUAAUACCACGGAAUCCCAUUUUGGAUUGAGUCUCUAUUGGUAAUUUAACUUUUUGUUUCUUUCGCCUACUUCUAUUUCUUUUUUGUUUGUUUUUAAACUUGAAGGAUCCAACUUUAUGGUCAAAUCUUAGAUAUCUUAAACUGGAUAAAGAUUUUAGUCAUGUCGCAGGUAUAAUAAAACAUUUCCUAAAGUGUAGUGCAGUAUUGUUCAAGUAUUAAUUCUUACAAAGCACUUUCUGUAUAUUUGAACUGCAUGAAACAUUUUGCAAGUUCAAGAUAAUACCACGGGAUAAUACCUAUUUCAAAUAACGGAACAAUGUAGAAGUUCUGUACAAAACAGGCUACUGGCGACCUAAGUAUAGGGAACAAAAUGACACACGAACAAGAAUCUGAAAUCUUUUAGCCUACAAGGGCUUUUCAUUUGCAAAUCUUUUUGUACAAAAUGCAAAUCUCCAUAAAGUAUAAAUGUGUGAUUGUGCCCAGCACACCAAUACUUCAUGUGAGCAUCUUAAAAAGGAGGUUUAAAAGAGAAGAUACAACUGGGCGAUGUCUUGUUGAAUUUCCGCGCCCGAAGGCGUAGGAAAUUCUUUAAAACCGUCGUUUUUUUCUUGCGGAGCAUUUUUUGAGAAAAAAUCGACCCUGGGAUUUCACGUUGGUCCGUCACAGAUGUAAACUUCGUACCCAAGCUCCCUAACUACUGGGAAGUCUAGUAUUGACGCUUCAGGCCAAAAUUGGUAAUUGUUUUCGACAAAAUUUGGCACAGUUAACAAAAAAAGUAUGCUGAACAUAAUGGUGACAUAAUAAUUUUGAGUUUUGUCACCUAAAUGUCAUUUUAGGCCAAAAUUGGUCCAAAAAUUAGAACUACUUUAUUUUCAACAAAAUUUGGAACAGUUAACAAAUAAAGUAUGCUGAACAUGAUGGUGACAUCAAAAUUUUGAUUUCUUGUUACCUAAAUGUCAUUUUAGGCCAAAAUUGGUCCAAAAAUUAAAACUACUUUAUUUUUGACAAAUUUUGGCACAAUUAACAAAAAAAGUAUUGUGAACAUGAUGGUGACAUCAAAAUUUCGGUUUUUUGCCACCUUAAAUGUCAUUUUAGGCCAAAAUUGGUCCAAAAAUUAAAACUACUUCAUUUUCAACAAAAAUUGGCAAAGUUAACAAAAAAGUAUGCUGACAUAAUGGUGACAUCAAAAUUUUGAUUUUUGUCACCUAAAUGCCAUUUUAGACCAAAAUUGGUCCAAAAAUUAAAACCACUUUAUUUUCGGCUAAAUCUGGCACGGUUAACAAAUAAAGUAUGCUGAAAAUGAUGAUGGUACAAAAGUUUGAUUUUUUGUCACCUAAAUGUCAUUUCAGGCCAAAAUUUAUCCAAUAAUUAAAACUGCUUUAUUUUCGACAAAAAUUGACACUGUUAAUAAAAAAAGUAUGCUGAAAAUGAUGGUUACAUCAAAAUUUUGAUUUUUUGUCAACUAAUGCCGUUUAAGACCAUUUCUCAAUCGCAAGACUUUCAACCAUGAAUGAUAGGCUGUAUUUUUUGUUAGCAAUUUCUUUUAAAAUGUGAGUUUAUUAUGACACGUUUCGUUUUGUUUGCGUUUGUUGUAAGAUAUAAUGUCACUGAUGGGCUUUAUCUUCAGAGGUUCAUGCACCAAACCCCUUCGAAUGUUUGGCAUAAUAACACAACGAAUUAGCAGGUUUUCAUCAAAUAUUUUGGUAGCGCGCGGAAAUUCUUAGAGCCCCCAGGGCUUCUUGUUAAAUUUUAUUCCAAUUUUUAUCGUUUACGGGAUUCACCGCUUUUGCUCUAUUUUUGCAGACCCACAAUGACUUAUGUGUUUUGAAGACAAAACUAAUGUUUGAAAAAGCGUUGAACUAUAAGAUAAUAAAAACAUGGUUUGUUGAACUGUGAGAUAAUAAAAAGAUGGUUUGUUGAACUAUAAGAUAAUAAAACAUGGUUUGUUGAACUAUAAGAUACAUGGUUUGUUGAACUAUAAGAUAAUAAAAAGAUGGUUUGUUGAACUAUAAGAUAAUAAAAAGAUGGUUUGUUGAACUAUAAGAUAAUAAAAAGAUGGUUUGUUGAACUAUAAGAUAAUAAAAACAUGGUUUGUUGAACUAUAAGAUAAUAAAAACAUGGUUUGUUGAACUAUAAGAUAAUAAAAACAUGGUUUGUUGAACUAUAAGAUAAUAAAAACAUGGUUUGUUGAACUAAAGGAUUCAAUUUUUUCCCCAAUUGGAAAAGAAGUCGGCUUGCGUUACCCUCAUGUGCUACUUGUUUCUAGGUCUUCUUUUUCGUUUUCUGCACGCACAUGCCAGUAAACGAAAAAGCAAUAGUGAUAAAAUAGGGUGAGAGAGAAUUUUAAAAAGUUCGCUUGUGUUCUUGAAAAGAGUAUUACCCUUAAUAGGGUGCACUGAUGUAAGCACUUCACACAGCUGUGCGACACAGUUUACCUCUGCUAAACGCCUUUAUUUCCUGGUUUCAUGAUUUUUUUUUUUUUUUUUUUUUUGAAUUUUCAUGGGUACUUUUUCCACUGUACGAAAAAAUGCUGGCAACCUGUUAUUGCUAUGACUGGGUAACAACAGAUUGUAACCUGUGUUUUUAUUGUAGCUAAAGUUGUGGUGCAGUUAUUUUUUAAAACUUAUUUUACACCUGAAGUACAUGAAUAUCUCCUUAACCGCGGAUCAAAACCGCGAUCAAAAAAGUAAUUCCAUUUUGCCAGAAGGAAGAUCGUGGGUUUACUUUAUUUACUUAACGUGAUAAAUUUCAUAAUUUGCUGAAAUAAUUCUAACGGCUGGCUUUCCUUGAUACAAAAAAUACAAAUGUAACGGUUUCGACAUCUUAAAAAAAGUAAAAGCAAAAAUAGUCAAGUGGAGAAGUAAAGUGGGGUUAAAAACUAUAUUUGUAAAAGAAAGAAAACUCGAAUUGAAAAAGUAAAGUGUGGGGUUAAACGUAGAAGUAGAAAAGUGAAGUUACCGGCAGAGAGUUUGUAGCGGGUUAGAAUGUACACAAGAUUAGAAUUCAGAAUAAGUAAGAACUUUUGAUAUUUUUAGAAUUUUUCUCUAUGUUAAAGGGGAAGUCCGGUCAUUUUUCAAAAUUUGUGUGUUGAAUAAACACCAUCGUGUUAUUAAUUUCUGCAAAAUCUUUUUUAAAAAUUCGUAUUACAAAUGAUAUAAAUGUCUAUCAAAGUUUAGGAUUGUUACUGUUUUUUUUCAAACGACGCCAUCUUUUUGUUGUAAUCAUCGAGGUCUGGGCUCUAAUGUUUAUCGUGACGUAUUUUAUGACAACAGCUUUCUGCACGCCGGAAUACUUCAGUUGUCGAUUACACCACUUCAAACAAGUCAUAAAUGUACCAUUGAUUUUACUGUUAUCAUGGUUACUUGUGGUGCUUUAAAUUGUGGUAACUCUUCCACCAAAAAAUCGGUAGCUGAUGUAAAAGGGUGGCAUAACGUUCCCACCGAAAAAGAAAAUAAACAACGUCGUAAGAAAUGGCUAGCAGCUAUGAAGCGAGAUCCACCGUAUCCAGCAGACACGAAUUUCGUUCUUUGUGGUAUGCAUUUCACGUCCGAAUGUUUUCAACGCGAUCUCAAGGCGGAGCUCUGUGGCUCUGUGAGAAAGUUUAUAUUAUUACCAAACGCUAUUCCAUCGGUAUUUUCAUUCUCGAAACCGCUACCUGCAAAGCGUUCUGCAUCCAUUGCAAGAAACGAAAGAAAAACAAAACGCCAGAUUGUGGAUGAAGCUUGUACGGCAGAAGAAAACUCAGGUGGCCCGGAAGCACCUUCCCUAGAACUUGAGCCCCUUUUUAAGGAUGCUAUUACGCAAACUGUUGAUGUCGUCAUGAUCAACAAAGAAGUUAGCUGUGCUACACCAAUGCGAACAAAGAGCACUAUGGUUCCUGCUGUGUUAUGCAAAUCAAUGUCUACUCAGAUGAGUCCAACUUUGUCUUCGACGAACACGCAAACUGUUAUAUUAACUCAAUAUGCUAGCGUUUCCACAGUCAACCUUAUUGCGAAAGAGGGAGAUGAAAUUGGAGAUUGCUCUUCAUUUUGCGCAAGUGAAGUAGAAGAUCGCGCUGAUCCGGAUGCAUCUUUCAAUGUCAGUAGCGAUGUUGAUACGGUCGAUAGUAGUGCCGAUACGGCUGAUAGUGAUGUUAAUGAGCAAGAUGUCGAUGUUAGGGAAGGUACGCAGUCGAUUGCACCUUCAACAAUGUUUCUAGUGUACUUUGAAAUGCUUAAGUCGCUCUUCAAAUUCUGCUUUGAAUGCGGUGAGAAAGCUACUAUCAAAAAACAUAUAACUAAGGGUAGUAUGCUUAUUGUGAAAUUGGUUUGCGCCGGUAACCACGAAGUGACUUGGAGAUCACAACCUUACUUAAAUCGAAUUGCGGAAGGAACGGUAAGGCUGUCUGCUGGAAUAUUGUUCAACGGAUUAACAUUUCAAGGUGUGAAAGAAGCAUUUGAAACUGCCAAUGUUAACUUUAUAAGUAGGUCGCAGUUCCAUGAACUUCAGCGAAGAUUUUUAUUCCCAGCCAUAAAUAGCAUUUUUACGCAUUAUCAGGAAGCCACACUUGUUAGACUCGUUGCGCUUGAGGGUGUCGAUUUAAUUGGAGAUGGUCGCUGUGACUCACCUGGAUUUAGUGCUAAAUAUGGUACAUACAGCCUCAUGGACGCCAUGACAAAUGAGGUGGUGAACUUUUUUAUUUCACACGUUCGUUUAGCAGGAAACUCGGCACGCAUGGAAAAACAUGGACUUGCUGAGUGCUUGGAAUUUAUCGACGAAGCUGGCGUAAUAGUGGACACACUAGUUACCGACAGACAUAGCCAGAUACGAAAGUUUAUGCGCACCGAACAUGAACAUAUAUCGCACCAGUUUGAUGUGUGGCACAUGACAAAAAAUAUCAAAAAAAAGAUUUUGAAAGUUGCAAAAAAAAAGAGCUGUCGUGACUUGAAUGACUGGAUGAAGUCUAUCAUAAACCACUUCUGGUGGGCUUGUUCGACUUGCGAAGGAGAUCCAAUAUUAUUGAAGGAAAAGUGGCAGAGUUUACUCUGUCAUAUCCGUGGGGUACAUUAUUGGGUAAAUAAUACGCUAUAUCAUAAAUGUGCUCAUGAAGAACUUACCCUGCUACAACAAGCUCAGAAGAAGUGGUUAACUGAAGAAAGCCCUGCUUACAUCGCCCUGGAGAAAAUUGUUAAUGAAAAACAGCUACUAAACGAUUUAAAACACGUAGCUGAUUUCAAGCACACUGGACAGCUCGAGGUUUACCAUUCCCUGUUGAAUAAGUACUGUCCCAAACGCUUAGCAUUCUCGUACGCUGGGAUGGUUGCUAGGACGCAACUAGCUGUGCUUGACCACAACUCGGGUGUAGAACGACAACAAGCCACUACAUCCGAUGGGAGGUUGAAGUUCAAAGUUUCUUUCACCAAAAUUACGAAGGAGUGGGUGGCAAAAAAAGUAAUGGAUCCGAAAGAAAAGAAAUACCAAGAGGACUUGAUGAAGGAAGUGUUUGAUUUGGUUCAAAAAAUCAAAGCUCCUAUAUUUUUUAAGUUGCCUGAAACACCCAGAAAUAUUGCAUUAAAAAUAAACCCUGGGAAGGAAGUUGUUGUCUCGAAUAUGCGUUCAAGAUUUACCUAAAAGUAACCCCCAGGUUUAUAAAUGAUAUUUAGCAUUACAUCAAGAAACGCUUAUUUUACAAUUCCGGGGGACAUUUGUUAUAUUUUAAAAACAUAUAUUGUAAAAAUUUCAUUCAUCAUCUUUACAAUUAUACAUGUUCUUAUACA